AAGCGUUUUUUUUUUAAUUCCUUGUUCCUCGCCCCUAAUGGUCACGCUGGAGUUGCAGGGUUGUUGUUUUUUUUCCCCCCUUGCUGUUAGUGUUUUAUUUUUCUUGCAGCAAAUGGGUCGGUGCAAAUAUUCGGGGCGCGCACCGCCAAUUCUUCAAGCGGCGGCCAAUGGCGAUUGAGACCCCUGGGGAAUUGAGGUGUGUGGUGAAUGGGACCAAUCGCCGUCGGGGAUCGCCCAGAUCCCGGCCUCCGAUAGGGUGCCCGGCCCGUCAAUCAUGGCGGCCGGCGGCCAAUGGGGUGCGAGGACCCCGGAUUUUCGCCGCCGCGUCUCUCUCUCUGUCUCUCUCUGUCUCUCUCUAUCCCUCUCUCUCUGGGUUCCCCAGCAGAAACUUGGACCUUGCAACUCUGCACAGGCGAGAUGCACCCUAAUUAUUUUUGGCUUCGCUGUUUUCUUUUCCAAUGCACCCAGAUCUGGAGGAGGAAGAUUUAAACCAAAAAAUACAAACUCAGUGGUGGGGGAGAGGGAGAGGGAGGGGGAGGCCUUCAAACCUUGCACCGUGUGGAUUUAUUUUGUGUGUUUUUUCCACACAAAAAAACUUUUCUCGUUCAAUUUUGCAGAGACAGACAGAGGAAGCAGUUUUUGGUGUUUAAGAAGGAACUGCAGAUGCUGGAAAAUCGAAGGUAUACAAAGCAGUUUUUGGUGGUGACACAGAGAGAGAGAGAGACUGAUUUUUAAAUUGUUAUUUUGCUUUUUCGUUUUUUGGUGUGUGUGUGUGUGUGGGGGGAAAUAACACGAACACAAGACCAGCGACCGUUCGGGUGGAAGGACACCAUGGAUCAUUCUGCAAUUGAGCAAACGCACCCGCACGAACACGAACCCAUCAGUUUCGGCAUUGAUCAGAUACUCAACAACCCGGACGCGGGCAGCUGCAUGCACGCCAGCAGGAUGGCCGAUUCGGAUUACCACCUCGCAGCCAGCGCGUACAACUCUCACAUGGCGGACGGCGGCUACGCCAAUGCUUACAACAACGCCUGCGGUAUGGUCGGGCUGCCAGGAUCCUAUAAUGUUAACAUGUGUAUGAACAUGAACGUAAGUAUGAAUAUGAAUCUUAAUAUGAACAGCGGGGCCGGGGUGAUCCGAGUGCCCGCACACAGACCCAUGGCUCAUCCACAACUCUCGGCCGGUUUGCCGACAGUACCUUGUAUCCCCAAUCUGGGCAACGUUGCAAACAUGUCCACUUUAACUUUUCCGUGGAUGGAGAGCAGCAGACGCUUUGCGAAAGACAAAUUAACAGCCGCACUGUCCCCCUUCACCGCCGCCAGGAGGAUCGGACACCCCUACCAGAACCGCACCCCUCCCAAGCGGAAGAAGCCCAGGACCUCGUUCAGCCGCCUGCAGAUCUGCGAGCUGGAGAAACGCUUCCACCGGCAGAAGUACCUGGCCUCGGCCGAGAGGGCAACGCUGGCCAAGGCCCUCAAGAUGACCGACGCCCAGGUCAAGACCUGGUUCCAGAACAGAAGGACCAAGUGGAGGAGGCAGACGGCCGAGGAGCGAGAGGCCGAGAGGCAGCAGGCGAACCGGCUGAUGAUCCAGCUUCAACAAGAGGCCUUCCAGAAAUCGCUGACUCAGCCCCUCCACCAGGACACGCUGUGCGUCCACAACGCCUCUCUCUACGCCCUGCAGAACCUCCAGCCCUGGGCCGACGACGGGACCAAAAUCACGUCCGUUACCUCUGUGGCUUCCGUGGUCUGACCC